CUCCUGACCCGGAAAAAGGAAGAAAUAAGCACAGAGCAGAAAAGUGGUUGACAGCAGAGGUAAUAGAAACAACUCGUCAAUGUCAUCGCGCUUUUGAUCUAAUCACUUGACUGCAGCAUCCACUUCGAGCUUUUUGCAUUUGAAUAGCUUUUAGGCUUCGCGGCUUGACAGUCGCAUCUUCAUGCGAUUUUGUGCCCCCCAAUUUUAUCAGUGAUUUGUUUAAACUCUACGGGAAUGGAAUAUGGCAGCAACUGAAACACAGUCUAUGUUAAGCAUUGGAUUGAUUGAAAAAGACGUGAACGGGGACACUCUGUGGGUUUGGUGCUAUCCUGCGGUGGGCUCCGAAUUUAGACAGGUCCUGCUCAGCAAGUGCUGUCUGACACAGAACAACGAAGAUUUUCACACAUUUGUAUUUGGCCAAUUCUGUCGUUCUUGGUACUAUAUCAGCACACUGGAGGUACAGGAGCCUACACCUCUAAAGAAGGUCACUCAUUUGUCAGUGGUUAUUACAGCAAAAGACUUCAACCCUGAGAAAUAUGCCGCACUCAAUCGAAUACUGUGCAGGAUGUACAUCAAAUAUGGCAGUCCGGUGAAAAUGAUGGAGGUCUACAUCGCUGUUCUCACCAAAGGUAUUUGCCAGAGUGAAGAGAAUGGCUCAUUUUUAACCAAGGACUACGAUGUCCGAAAGGCCUUCCUGGCAGGAUCAAUCAAAGAUGUGGUGUCUCAGUUUGGCAUGGAGACCAUUAUCCUGUACACCGCUGUCAUACUGAAAAAGCGUAUCGCUGUGCACCAUCCUCGAAUUGAAGCCUUGUUGGAAUUCACAAGAGUGCUUCCUGCUCUAUCGUGGCACAGGAAAGACUGGUCUAUUCUGCAUCCAUAUGUGCACCUGACUGAUACUGAACUGGAGCAUCUCAGUAAAUGCCCAGGGUAUAUAGCAGGAUUUGUCGAUCCAGAGGUGAGCAACAGGUCAGACCUGUUUGAUGUGUAUGUGAAUCUCCCAGACAGCAUCAUCACUGUGUCACAGAAUGCCAAAGAGGCUAUGAUGAUGGGGAAGUUACACAAGGACAUCGGCCAUCUUAUUCUCCAGUCUGCAGAAGACACAGAGAGGUCAGAUAGUCACGUCAUUAAGGACAUUUCUUUGAAAACCAAACAGAUUCUUGCUCAUUUGGGGACCUUGGCUGAUCAAUGUGAAGGCUCUAAAAUCACUCUGGAACAUUUAAAGCAGCAAAAUUUCCCUCCAGCGACGGAAAACUUCCUGUUUCAUCUGGCUGCCGCUGAGCAGAUUUUACUGGUGUAAGACUUUUAUAAGAUUUUGACAGAUUUUCAGAUGCUAUCCAAAAGGGCGAUGACAGUGCGGGCACAACUGUCACUUUAGCAGACCCUGGAUAUGACAAUAAAAGUAUGCCAAAUGCGGCGCUUAUUUAUUUAUUUUUAGAUGAGGUAUGAGUUUAAAAAUGUUCUUACUGACCUCAAAUUCCAAGACCUGAUGCAGAUCCAGAAAUUAAGUUGCAUCUGCUCGUAUGGCUUUGUUGUAUGUCUUACAACAGGUCACUGUGCCUCAUUGAUGCUCAGCAGAAAACGGUAAUAUUUGCUAUUAAAAAGAGAAUGAAUUAUUUUCGACAAAAGACAACAUUUUAAAACAUGUCUGUCCUAAGCUCCUUGUCGGAAUAAAAAAAAAAAAAAAAACAAUACACCAGACAUAUUUUAAGCCUGUUUUGAGGGAGCAGUCCUGCCUCAUGAAAAUCAGUGACAUAUAACCGCACCAGCUCCUCCGUAACUGAAGGCUUUUGUUGCCAUGAUGACUGUGAGAGGAGCGAUAAGGCCCACCAAGCGCCUUCAGAUGCAUAAGUGGAGCCCAGAGUGUGUGUGCCCAUCAAGACAAUGAAAGCAUUUUCACCCAUGAAGUCAGUACUUCUUUCUGUCAGCCAAGUAUGUUGCACUCACCUAACACAAACGUUAAUCUGACUCUGCUUCAAAUUUAGUAGUGCUCUUCAGUUUGACCAUGGCUUGAAAGUGGUGGUUUCUUUUCCAUGGGAGGAGAGUUGAGGUAUUUGGGUGCUAGGCGCAGUUACAAUCAAAAUUAUCAGAACUGUGUUGUCACAACGAUGAAGCGCCAGCUCACAGACACAGUGACAGCAACAAGCAAGUAAUAGAAAAGUUACUGGGUUCUUUAUCUUCAUACCUCAUGCAUGGGCAGAAACUAUAAUAAACUACGUAUUUGCCAGUCAA